UUGGCUUCCUCUCGCUGGGUGGCGGGGAUUUUGAUGAAACUGGAGACCCACUUGAGGAGUGUAGCCUUGGGCAAACUUGGAAAUGACCCAGCCCACUCGAUUGGGCCUCCUGGGCGGGGCCGUGGCGUCUGUAGCAAUUUCUAGUGUUCGGGAAGAGGGCGCCGGAACCGAUACCAGCCGCAGAGCAGCCGAACCGCGAGGUGGUCCCCGGGCGGGGUGAAGCGGUCUGAGCAGCCUCGGGGAGGGGCCGCGGCUGGCUGCUGCUGAGAGGAGCUGCUCCCGCAGUGGUGCGGAGGGGAAUUUGCUGACGGUCCCUUGCCAGGUGGUGCUGGGUCCACAGAGCCAGCGAGGAGGAGGAGGACCGGCUGGCAGCUCCUCCCAGGUAGGAGCGUGUGGCCUGUCGCCGCACCCGGCAGCCCGAGCACCGCGCCUAAGCUGGGCCGUGGCGCCGAGGUGCAGAUGUGAGCCUUGAAGGAGCCACUUUUGUGGUCAGGAAUCUGCAGAACACUGCCGAGUGACUUGGAGAAGCUCCUGGGGACUGAUCAAGAGGAGGAAGGCCCCAGGAACAGCCCAUCAGGCGAACCCCAGCCUCACCUGCUGCCCAAGCUGCCCUGUAGCUGAGUGGAGCCUCCUGGCCUGACUCUGUCUUGCCUGGAAAUCUGAUUCAGGGAGGCUCUCAGGAUGUCCAUCUUACUGGAGGGCCUGAACCGGCACUCAGAUGUACACAACCUGACAGUGGAUGAGUGCUACCAGAACAGGAACACCGUCCUCCAGGGACAGCCCUUUGGGGGCAUCCCCACCGUGCUGUUUCUCAACAUCGCCUUAUGGGUGGUCGUCCUUUUGGUUUACUCCUUCCUCCGGAAAGCCGCCUGGGACUAUGGGCGCCUGGGCCUGCUGAUCCAUAAUGACAGCCUGACCUCACUGAUCUAUGGGGAGCAAAGUGAGAAGUCAUCACCCUCGGAGAUUUCCCUGGAGAUGGAACGCAGGGACAAGGGUUUCUGUUCUUGGCUCUUCAACAGCUUAACCAUGAAGGACCAGGAUCUGAUCAGCAAGUGUGGGGAUGACGCUCGCAUCUACGUGAUGUUCCAGUAUCACUUCAUCAUCUACGUCCUCAUCCUCUGCAUCCCUUCCUUGGGCAUCAUUUUGCCCAUCAACUACACCGGAAAUGUCCUGGACAAGAACAGCCACUUUGCUCGGACCACCAUCGUCAAUGUCUCCACAGAGAGUAAGCUCCUGUGGGUGCACAGCCUCUUCGCGUUCCUGUACUUCAUCACCAACUUCAUCCUCAUGGCCCAUCACUGCUUGGGGUUUGUGCCCAAAAAGAGCCAAAAGGUCACAAGGACAGUGAUGAUCACCUAUGUGCCCACAACCAUCCAGGACCCAGAAAUGAUCAUUAAGCACUUCCACGAGGCCUAUCCUGGCUGCGUCGUGACCAGAGUCCACUUCUGCUAUGAUGUCAGGAACCUGAUCGACUUGGAUGAUCAGAGGCGCCACGCCAUGCGAGGGCGGCUCUACUACACAGCCAGGGCCAAGAAGACUGGGAAGGUGAUGAUCAGGAUCCACCCCUGCUCCCGCCUGUGCUUCUGCAGUUGCUGGACCUGUUUCAAGGAGGUAGAUGCAGAGCAGUAUUACAGUGAGCUGGAGGAGCAGCUGACCGAUGAGUUCAAUGCCGAGCUCAACCGCGUGCAGCUGAAGCGGCUCGACCUGAUCUUUGUCACCUUCCAGGACACCAGGAUGGCGCAGCGCAUCCAGGAGGAUUUCAAGUACAUCUAUUGUGGUGUGCAGCCCCAGCAGUCCUCAGUGACCACUGUCGUCAAAUCCUACCAAUGGAGAGUCGCUCAGGCCCCGCACCCAAAAGACAUUAUUUGGAAACACCUGUCCAUCCGCCGCUUCAGUUGGUGGGUCCGCUUUUUCGCGAUCAACACCUUCCUCUUCUUCCUCUUCUUCUUUCUCACCACGCCUGCCAUCAUCAUCAACACCAUCGACAUGUACAACGUCACCCGCCCCAUCGAGAAGCUGCAGAGCCCAAUCGUGACCCAGUUCUUCCCCUCCCUGAUGCUCUGGGCCUUCACAGUGAUCCUGCCUCUGAUAGUCUUCUUCUCUGCCUUCCUUGAGGCCCACUGGACCAGAUCCAGUCAGAAUCUGAUCAUAAUGCACAAGUGCUACAUCUUUCUCGUGUUCAUGGUGGUCAUUCUGCCCUCCAUGGGACUGACCAGUUUGGACGUCUUUUUUCGCUGGCUUUUUGACAUCUACUAUCUAGAGCAGGCGACCAUCAGGUUCCAGUGCGUGUUCCUGCCCGACAACGGUGCCUUCUUCAUCAACUAUGUGAUCACGGCUGCUUUGCUGGGCACAGGCAUGGAGCUCAUGCGCCUGGGGUCGCUCUUCGUGUACAGCACCCGCCUCUUCUUCUCCCGCUCGGAGCCAGAGAGACUCCACAUCAGGAAGAAGCAGGCUAUAGAAUUCCAGUAUGGGCGAGAGUAUGCCUGGAUGAUGAAUGUCUUCACCGUGGUGAUGGCGUACAGCAUCACCUGCCCCAUCAUUGUCCCUUUCGGGCUGCUCUACCUGUGCAUGAAGCACCUCACAGACCGAUAUAACAUGUAUUACUCCUAUGCACCCACCAAACUGAGUGAGCAGAUCCACAUGGCCGCGGUCUCCCAGGCCAUCUUCGCGCCACUCUUGGGUCUCUUCUGGAUGCUCUUCUUCUCCAUCUUGCGAGUAGGUUACCUCCACAGCAUCACCUUAUUCUCACUGUCCUCCCUUGUCGCUUCCAUGAUAAUUGCCUUUCUUGGCAUUUUUCUGGGCAAGCUGAAGGCAUCUGCUGACUAUGAGCCCGAGGAGGAGACCCAGACCGUGUUUGACAUGGAGCCGAGCAGCACGUCCUCCACCCCCACCUCCCUUCUGUACGUGGCCACUGUGCUGCAAGAGCCGGAAAUGAACCUCACCCCAGCCUCCUCCCCAGCCCGGCACACCUACGGUACCAUCAACAACCAGCCGGAGGAAGAAGAGGAGAGCGGUUUGAGGGGCUUUGCAAGGGAGCUGGACUCGGCCCACUUCCAGGAAGGGCUGGAACUGGAGGGCCAGAGCCAAUACCACUGACCAGGACUCCAGACAGGGGCAGGGGAGACCCCAGCAAGGGGAGGUAAAGGAUGGCCUGGGCCUCCUUGCUCCCUCCUGCAGACUUUGGGGAGCCCCUGACGGAGACACUUGCUCCUCAACCAUAGCCUUGUGAAGACACAGCCUGCUGACCAGCUAGAAUGGAGGUGCCCAGCGGUGCCAAGGAACCCCAAGAUGGCAUGGACGCAGCACACCCUGUGUCUUGGGGAGGUGGCUGAAGCCCAAGACACAGAGACUGAGUGGAUCAAAGAGGAAGUACACACAGGAAGGAGGCAGUAAGAAGCCAUGGAACGCUUUCGGGGUCUCCGUACCUUUCUCCAGUCCUUUGAGCUGCUGCUGCUCCAGCCCUGAGGCUUCCCCGAGGUCUGAGAAGCAAAGCUCCUACGAGGUCCUGGGCCUCAGUGACAAGUCAUAAGGGAUGGUCUCAUCCCAGGUUCUCCUGCGGGAAAACUGGAGUCUUUGUACCCUACCUUUCCAACAAGGGGCAGCUAAGAAGAGGAGACUGAGUCCCUUCCUCCGUCCUCACAUGUCCCCAAGCGCAGUGAGGCAAAGCCCCUUUUUUCUACUCUUACGUGGACCCAGCCACUUGGGCUCCUUAAAGAAGGCCGGAGUGGUAUUAAAGGAGCCAGGGCAAGUUUGUGCUGGUUACUGUAAAGUGGGGCAGGACAGAGACCGUACUCAGGGUGGGAGCCUCUCCCCAGAAGGCUGGAUGUUAGGAAAACAAUACACGUUCCCAAACCCCAGGCUGAUAGAAGACCCUAGGGCCAACGAGGGAGCCUCUGAGCUUCCCUGGCCUUCCUGUCUGAGUGCUGGGCCUCAGCUCGGCCAGUGUGGGCAGCUGCUAAGGGUAACAAACCCAGACUAAAGGUUCUGGCCAUUCUUUACUGCCCAAGUAAGGAGCCUUCUUUGCCUCUCUUCAUCUUUGCAAAGGAUUACCUAAGAAGCCUCUGGGGUUCCCUGGCUUCCCACGAUGAUGUUAACCCAGUCCUGCUGGAGGUGGGGUGACAGGUGUGUUCCCCAUAGAGAAGCCCUUGCUAAGGGGACAAAGAUGCCCUCCCAGGGCUGCCUUCACCAGAGGCUUGGAGGGGCUGAAUCCUGAACAGUGCUGGUGAUUCUUAGCAUUUCUGCUGUGGCCCGAUGACACCAGCCGCCACCUCCUGGGAUAGGCUGCCAUCAGGAUCCAGUACAGCUCAGCCAAGGCGGACAUGGAGAAAGGAUCAAGUUGCAUGGGAUCUUUGCACUCCUCAGCCCCCUGAGACUGAGACCCCUCCUCAGAGUCUGGGUCACUGACUUGCUGUAGGUGGCCCAGCACUUCUCCCUUGAGAGUCUCCACCUUGUCCCAGUAACAGGUGGCCUGAGGGCAGGUCACCUACGCCCCACCCUGCUCCACCUCUGCUUAGAUCCCAGCACUGGCAGCUCCACACUUCACCCCUGCUGAGAUGUAGCUGCUCAAAGGGCAGUUGGUGCCUCAAACCUCGACAUGGGGAGUUUUCCAGAGAAUUUGGAUCAGCUGGGAAGGAGGCUAUCUUCCUCUCUGGGCACGGCUUGGAAUAAGGGGAAAUAACACCCAGCCAGGCCCAUACACACCAUUCAUGCCACAGGGGCGUAGGACCCUUUCAGUCAGCCCCAGCUCUGACUAAAGUGGGACUGCCACCUGCAGGCUGGGCCCAACCCCAUAAGGUAUGUUAGGUAUGUAAGGGGUUUGGGGUUGCUGCCAGAGGUGGGCCUGAGCCCUGUCCUUCCCUGGACACCACUUGCGAGCACCUGUUCCCAGUGGGAAAGUGCCAGUCUCUACUUGCUUCUCUCCUCUUCUUGGAGGCCUAGGGUCACAGGCAGGGCCCUGCCCAGCUAGCUGUACCUCAACCUCCAUAGUCACUGGGAAUGUGGGGGGCAUUCUUUAGCUCCCCACAUUCACCUCACAUCCAGGCCCUUCCAGGGCACCUGCCUGGCCCCCAGCUCAUACCUGUUGGCCUCUGCCUACCGCCAUCCACCCUUCCUACCCCUUCACUUACUUGAUCCUUUCUGGAGGGAGCUGCCUCUUGGAGAAGUCCAUAUGGCCUAGAGCCCCCCCCCCCCAGGGGCCCUCCCAGGCCCUGAGCAGAUCCAGCCUUGCCUGCCUGUCCCUCAGCUGCCUCUGGAAGCAAAGUGCCUAUCAGCAGCAUUGCAUCCUCUGGGGGCCCUGGAGGGCUUGUGGACUAACCUUGGCCACCACCACUAAGGAAUGUGCCAGAAUGCUGAACCUUCUUGUUAUCAAUGCUAUGACUGUGCCUUGAAUAAACAAGUCCUCCCAACCUCA